AUGCCGAAAGCAAAAUCAUCGUACUACGCUGUAAGAGUUGGUCGUGAACCGGGGAUUUAUACUACCUGGGAAGAAUGUGGACAGCAAAUAUCAAAAUUCCCUAAAGCAAGAUAUAAAAAAUUUGGUAGUCUACAAGAAGCACGUACCUUCAUGCAAGAGGGGAGGAAUGAUGGCGAAGUGACAUCAUCUUAUAGAAUUCCACCAGAUGUGCCUGUAGUAAAGGAUUCUCCUAAACAGGAAAAGGAUGAGAUUACUCUUAGUAACAAGGUUAAUAAUAGUAACACGCAAAUUUCAACAACACGAGAGAAGGAUCAAGAACCUGAUAAACUAAAAGUAUGGACAGAUGGAUCUGCACUUGGAAAUGGUAGAUUCGGAGCACGGGCCGGUGUUGGUGUGUUUUGGGGUGCGAAUGAUUCGAGGAAUAUAAGUGAGCGAUUGCCAGGUCCUAAACAAACAAAUCAACGAGCUGAGAUCACAGCUGCCAUAAGAGCGCUAGAAACAUGUACCGACAAUCAUCUGACUCUUGAAAUAAAAACCGAUAGUCAGUACUUGGUCAAAGCACACAAAAGUUGGAUAGAAAAUUGGGUAAAAAACGGUUGGAAAACGGCCACAAAACAGGAUGUCGGGAAUAAAGACUUAUUUCAACGGUUGUUAGAGUUAAUUAAGAAUCGAGAGGGAAAAGUGGAAAUUACAUAUGUACCAGGACAUGCAGGUGUAGAAGGAAACGAAGCAGCCGAUCGAUUAGCAAAUGCUGGAGCAUUGCUUGAUGAUGUCGUUAUUAAUGAUAAUUAUAAUAGUAACAUUAUUCCAAAAGAGAUUAUCAAUGAAGAGGAUGAUGAGAUUGCUCGUACCGAAGAACAAUUUAAUCGGUCUCUCGAUUCAUCUAUUGCAUCAAUUCCUUCUCCUUCCCAUAUCAUUUCUACUACCAUCAAAACACCAUCGUCCAUUUCUUUUGAUCAAGUUGACAAUACUUAUCCAAUUUCAGAAGAAUAUAUAGAUUUGUUGGUGAAAAAUAACUGCAUUUCUGACGAACAACUCGAUUUAUUAAAGAAUAGUAAAUGA